AUGGACUUUCCUCCGCCUGCGCAUCCUGGACCUACCGAGGAUCAGCUACUAGUGUUACAGGGCGACCAUAGGUCCUCCUUUGUAUGGGAGGGACAGCUAUCGAUGCAGGCUCUCCGCCUUAGGAGACCUGACGAUUUGUGGGAGUUCAUCGUGGAGCAUCAUUUUCAUGCCCGCGUAGUCGCGCGCCUACAGGCUACAGGCUUCUAUACGAUUUUUGAGCUUGGACGGAUGCAGCUUGAUUGGUCUCUUAUCACGGCCUUGGUAGAGCGGUGGCGACCGGAGACGCACGUUUUUCACUUGUCCACUGGAGAUGCCACCAUCACGCUGGAGGAUGUUCAGGUUUUGGACGGGCUACGCGUAGAUGGACAGGUUGUGGCACUGCCCCAGUACAUUAGAUCCAUGACCCGUGCACAGUUUUUGGAUAUGAUGGGGCAGUUUACUGGUUAUAGACCUCAGGGUGACGCUGGGGGCAGUCGCGUUGCUUUGUCAGCCAUCGGAGAUCAUAUGGCUGUUUUGCACCCAGACAUUACCGAUGAGACGGAGGAUCUCCAUAUUGAGAGGUACACGCGGUUGGCGCUGCUCCUGUUUUUCAGGUGUGUCUUGUUCUCGAACACUUCGAGGAGUCUCGUGAGUAUGCGCUUUCUCCAUCAUCUUCAGCAGUUGGAUGAUUUACCCCAGUACAGUUGGGGUGCUGCUGUUCUCGCAUACCUGAAAGGAGCUUGUGCCGGUCGAGCAUGGGACCAGCGGUGGACAUAUGUGGUUUUCUGCCCCUCCUACAGGUUUGGGCCUGGCAGCGGAUCAUGCCGUUGCAGCCACCUCUACCACCACUUGCGUCCGGGAUGUGCUAGAUAUGCUGGUGGACGGACAGUCGAUCGACUGCUUUGGAGCACCUCCGUCCCGAUGAUCUUCUUCGAUAUGGUUGAGUAUCAUGCCACAGAGCGUGUGCUUCUCCAGUUUCACUGUCCCCAGCCUAUACCGGGGGAGCCUGGAUGGGUGGAUACACACUAUCAGCGGGAUGACCGUGCCAGGCUGAACUAUAUAUAUAUGGGAUGGCUAGAGCAGCAGGUCCAUAUUUGGGAGGAGCGAGUUGACCGUAUUCCGCCAUCACCUACAUUUACCCAAGAGGCCACUAUUCAUCUGUAUGCAUUAUGGUACCGCCGUCACACCCGACUGAUUAUCGGGAACCCCAUUCAUGUACUUGGCGAGCGCUACAGACCAUACGCCGGGAGGCACGAGGCACUGGCUAUUGGGCAUCAUCACCUAGACCAGUUGGGACAGGAGAUGCAGCAGCAUACCGACAUCCCUACAGUCAUUGACUAUGGCCGGCGGGUGGCACAGUUGGCUCGUCGGACCCUGUUUCAGGCGAGAGAUACGGCAAGGUUGGACCAUGAGGCUCAGUAUGCGGCGCCAGAGGACUACCAUCGGGGUAGGAGUGUCCCACGAGGUAGGGGUAGGGCACGGGGGAGGGGUGCCCCACGAGGCAGGGGUGCCCCACGGGGUCGUGGGGGACGAGGAGGAGGUGGUCCACAGCAAGGGGGCGUUGAGGCACCUGUCGACCCACCUGUUGAGGGACAUGAUGAGGACUUUGGAGUUAAGGCGCUUAGAGAUGAUCAGUCGGGUUAUAUACCUCAGGUAGAUGAGCCUUCCAGCAACAUGCCUUCAUACAACCUUCAGCUAUCUCUGCCAGCAUCGCAG